ACCGGAUGUGGUAGGCAGGAAAAAUAACCUGCGCUAUCAUAUGACAGCUGCGUUGGGAUUCAGUUUUUCAGUUCGUUUUUGAAUGAAAUCCUUUUGAACAUGACAAACGAAGGAGAUAAAAAGUCUCGGUUUUAUACCUGCAGCUGCUUCACAACUGAUAACAUCUUCCUGGACGACUACAAGCUGCAUGUUCGCUUUGUGUCCGAACAUCAGUUCAGACUGGAGUACAAGCCACUGCUAACGAGGCAAGGCUGCGUCACGGAGCUGCAGUUUCUAGACGUGCUUACCAAGGUUUCCCAGGAGGUGGACAGAAGAAGGCACACAUGUGAGACAUCGGCUGAAAGAACUGCCGCCAUUAAAAACACAUACCAGCCUCUCCAUCCUCAUGUCUACCAUCUGCAGGAGUCUUACCUGGCGCCGAAACUCAAGCAGCUGGUUGCGUACUGCAGCAGCAGCGACGCAUGUGAAGAAGGUCUUACCGAACUGCUGGAGGACGUAGGAGCUUCCAGAGUCUAUCGUCUCCCAGUGUUUGAGAAAAGCUUCUGUGAGCAACUGGUGGAGGAGCUGGAGCACUUUGAGCAGUCAUCAGCCCCUAAAGGAAGACCCAACACCAUGAACCACUACGGGAUUCUCCUCAACGAGUUGGGCUUUGACGAGGACUUCAUCACUCCUCUGAGGGAGCACUACCUGCAGCCUCUCGCCUCCCUGCUGUACCCGGACUGUGGCGGCUGCUGUUUGGACAGCCACAAAGCUUUUGUUGUCAAAUACGCCAUGAACGAAGACCUGGAUCUGAGCUAUCACUACGACAACGCAGAGGUCACUCUUAACGUUUCCCUGGGCAAAGAGUUCAAAGACGGAAACAUUUUCUUUGGCGACAUGAGACAGGUGUCCAUAAGUGAGACGGAGUGCACAGAGGUUGAGCACAGGGUUAGUGAGGGCCUCCUGCACAGGGGCCAACACAUGCACGGGGCCCUGCCCAUCUCCUGCGGCCAGCGUUGGAACCUCAUCGUCUGGAUGAGGGCCUCGCAGGAACGCAACAAGCUGUGCCCCAUGUGCAACAGGAAGCCCUCGCUGAUGGAGGCAGAUGGCUUUGCUGAUGGAUUUACAAAACAGUCUGAGUCUCAACAGAACGGCUUCUGUGAAUUAACUUGACGGUAUCCAGCUGCUGCCUGUCUUCUGUCACACACACAAACACAUCCACACACUUUCUAUACCCUAGACCUGGCCACUCCUGGUCAGUCUCUCUAGGCUUUCUGCCGAUCUGCUGAAGUCGGUCAGUGAGAAGCAGGGUACUUCAGGAAAUCUUUUUUUAAAGAAUUAUUUGAACUAUUUCAUAUGGAUGAUAUUUUGUAAUGUUUUUGGCUGUCAAAUAUCUAUUAAAAAUAUCCAACGCUGAA